GGUUUGUGAGAAACCGAGAUUUCCAAAAUGAAUAAAGAUGCCCAGAUGAGAGCAACCAUUAAUCAAAAGCUAAUAGAAACAGGAGAGCGAGAACGCCUUAAAGAGUUGCUGAGAGCCAAAUUAAUUGAAUGUGGCUGGAAGGAUCAGUUGAAAGCACACUGCAAAGAUGUCAUUAAAGAAAAAGGAUUAGAGCAUGUUACUGUGGAUGAUUUGGUGGCAGAAAUCACUCCCAAAGGCAGAGCCUUGGUACCAGACAGUGUAAAGAAAGAACUCUUGCAAAGAAUAAGAACCUUCCUUGCCCAGCAUGCCAGUCUUUAACUUUGUUCAUCUGGGAUGAUGCUUGUUUCUGUAUUAUGUCAGUCAUGUCAGGAUUGGAAUGCAGGUUCCAUACUUAAGGAUUGAAAAUCAUUAUUUUUUUUGUAAGAUGAGUUGAAGUUUCUUUGCACUGCAUUGAUUUCUUAAACUUGAUGUUACUUUAAUAAAAAAUUUUGUGGACUUGUG